AUGUUUAGGCUGGGAAGUCGUAUGAUGAGAAUGCGCAGCGUACCCUUGGUGCGGUUUGCGCACAGCACUCCCGUGACGCUGGAACGAGAGCUUCCGGACGUUCUUGCCUCGAGACGCAAAGGCCGCCUCGGGUUCCUUCUAUUCGCCGCCACCAUGGGGAUCAGUUUGUACGGGAUGGCCAAGUACGAGAACGCCAAUUCGCCUAUCGUCUCCUCGACACUCUACACUUUGAGGCGGUCCAAGCUUGCUCACGAAUACAUUGGUGACAAUAUUCGUUUCCGCUCCACUAUGCCUUGGGUUACUGGCAGUGCUGGCAUUGCUCAAAGCCAUGUCGACUUUAGCUACAUGGCUACCGGCUCCAAGCACGAUGCUCUAGUGCAUUUCGAGGCCACACGUAUCCCCCACGAGCACCGCUUCCAAGUCAUCGACUGGUCGUUCACUGUCGACGGCGAGAAGAUCGAUCUGAUCGAUGAGGAUUUCCAUCCCUACGUGCCCAAAUCCAACGAAGAACCCGGCAUGCAGCCAAGCCGCCGCUAA